AUGACGAGGCGGGAACCUCGUUCGAGAUGGCACUGGUUUAUAGGUUUCGCAGUGCUACUAUCGUAUCCAUGUAGACAGCUCGCCUCUCGACCAAUCCGAGAAAAGCUACUAGAUUCUGAACUCCCCCUUUGGGAAGACGAGUGGAGUUUACGACCACUCGUGUCGGAAAUCGUGGAGACCACCGACUUGUCGAAUCUCAGGAUAUUCCCCUCGAAUAUCUCAGGAACAUACAAAGGCACAUGGGAGGUCGCGCGAAACUCCUCGUCGUCGCGAUUCCCGGACCUACAGAAGAACUCUGGAAAUAUUAUUUUCCAAUUAAAGACCAGCAGCACGGCUCGUCCCGAGGUUCACUAUGUCCAUGGAGAGGUGGUGCUUCGGGACGGAAUGUACAUUAGCGACGGCGACGUGCAUAUGAAGCUCGAAGGGGUCUACCUGCGCCCCUUCGGCCACCUUAGAAUGGUUCUUAGCAGCUCGGCGGGAGCGGACUCCACAGAAGUGGACGAAGAGAGCGCCGCCAACGGCUACCAGCUGGAGCUGCACGACUCCAGUAAACGAGGCCAGGGAUCACCAGACCACACAGCGGUGGUGGAGAUGGCCCGGAAUUGCAAAAUAAGGAUGAUCACACAUGUAUCACCUGCCGUGUGGGAGUGGCGAAACGGAGUGCAGGAGCACGUGCCGAAAAGCAAGGGGGGACGGGGGGGAAUGGGGGGAAUGGGCGGGGUGGGGGAAUCGUGGGAGGCGGACGCUGCUCUAGUGGCAGCAGAGGAUCCGGUGGGGCGGAGGGCGGUGGGGGGAGGGGAGGAGGAGGGGGAGGCGGAUGAGAGUGGGGCGCCAUGCUUUGCGACUCUGAGGAUCAACGCCACUGCUGUUGACCUGGAGGCUUAUUAUAAUAAAGCGGUCAACUAUACCCUCAUGGUCACAUUCAUCUCCUUCCUGCAAGUGCUCUUCAUCAUUCGCCAAAUGGAGCACAGCAACACUCAAUCAGGAGCAGCCAAGGUAUCGAUGCUGAUGGUGGGGCAGCAGGCCAUCAUGGAUGCGUACCUCUGCCUGCUGCACCUCACAGCCGGCAUUGUAGUCGGAGCGGAGUCCCUGUUCAAUGCCUUUGCCACAGCAGCCUUCUUCAAGUUUGUCAUCUUCUCCAUAUUCGAGAUGCGCUACCUGCUCGCCAUCUGGAAGGCCCGCCGCCCCGCGCAGUCCUCGGAGAGCUGGGACCUCAUGCGGCGCGAGUUAUCGAUCCUCUACUCGCGAUUCUACGGCUUCCUCCUGGGAGGCAUUCUCCUCAUCUACCGCUUCAGCACGGCGUUGCGCUACCUGCUGCUGCUCUUCUACUCCUUCUGGAUCCCCCAGAUAGUCACAUCCGUUAUAAGGGACUCGCGCAAGCCCCUCCACGUGCACUACAUUCUCGGCAUGUCCGUCACCCGCCUCGCCAUCCCACUCUACAUUUUCGGCUGCCCGAAAAACUUCAUGCGUGUGGAGCCGAGUCCCGCGUGGUGCGCUGCCCUGAUUGCGUUCAUGGGGGCGCAGGUGGCGGCGCUGCUGCUGCAGCACUACCUGGGGCCUCGCUGGUUUAUUCCCAAACAGUUCCUCCCUGAGAAGUACUCAUACUUCCGGCGAGUCUCCUGCCUCAUGAGGCAGAGCAGCGACGCGGAUGACAGCGGGCCAGCAGACUGUGUUAUCUGCAUGACGCCCGUGCCCAUCACCUCCCACUCCAUGGACCGCAUGGUCACCCCCUGUGACCACAUCUCCUUUACACCACCUCCCUCCGGCCAUCUUCCACUCUUCAUCGGCGUCUCAUCCAACCAUCGUCCGCUCAUCUUCCUUCCCUCCCUUUCAUCGUUUUCGUUCCUCCUGAUGCUUAAUCCUCCCCCCUGUUCUUUCUGCCCUGUCCCCCUAUCCUUCCCUCCCCUUCUUCUCCCUCCCUCCUUUCCCCUCUCCCAACCCACUGCUCCCCCCUGCUCUCAUCCGUCCCCUUGCCCCCAUUCUUCAAGCGUGAGAGAUUGUUUGUUCCAGGGCAUUCCCCCCUGCCACCAUCCCCCAUGGCACAUCCUCCUAUGCCACACCUUCGGUUUCACGCCUCCCCAUUCCCGAACUCCCCUUGUCCGUCGAUACCUUGGCCUCUUGCCCUUCCCAGGAGGCAGGAUUGGGCGCGACGGUAGCAAGCGGCUCGAUCCCACCGUCUCUCCACCACCAAUCCUCCUCUCCCCCACUCCUGCCGUCCCUCCUUUCUCCCGUUACCGUUCAAACCUUCCCCCCGUCCCCGUCCCUCCUUCCAUCGGUGUCCGUCCCUCCUUCCCCCACCAUCCACCCUUUACCCUACCCUUGUCCUUUCAAGGCAUCCCCCGAUUCCUAAACCCUUCCUUUCCCUUUCUCCCAUCCCUUCCCUUUCCCCCUAUCCCAUCCCACCAUUCACCCCUCUCCCGGCCAUCCCUUUCCCCCUCUCCUGUCCCUCCCCAUUCCCCACAUCCGACCCUUCCCUUUCCACUAUGUCCCCUCAGCCAAUAG